AUGCGGGCGGCGGCGCCGCUGCUGGUGCGGCUUCUGGUCUUCCUGGACUUCCUAGCAGGCAUCUGCUGCCAGGACCUGUUUGAUUUUACUUUUCCAGUGAAUAUAGAAAAAACCCCGGAGGAAAUAAUUUGGACGAAAAACAAGGAUAAAGUGGCUGAAUGGGAAGGACAAAACACAACGUAUUUUCUUUCUUUCCGUAACAGAAGCUUACUUAAUGAGGAGAAUGGCUGCUUGACUAUAUUUAACUUGCAGAACAGUGAUGCUGGCUUAUACGUAUUGGAGUACUUCGAUAGUCAGAAAGAAAGUUCUCCCUUAACCUUCACACUUACUGUGCUACCUCCCCCUUCGAAACCUGAAGUAAGUUGCAAUGACAGUGGGGAUACCUUUGCGUUGAAAUGCACAGCAGAUUUCCCAGAGCCUCUGCAUUACACAUGGAAGUUGAAUGGCAUGCCGCCAAUCGUUCAUCACGUCCCAGAAGUUUUCAUCCCUAAGAAGGAUGUUGGUGCUUCCACAAAAGCUGUGUGCUUCAUUAGAUUCUCUCAAACGGAAAAGAGCUCUGAAAUCUCUUUGGCUCAGUGCUUUUCAGGUAAAAAAGGAGACAGCCAUCACAAAAGAAGCAGAGGUGGUCUUGUUGCAGCUUCUGUUAUUUGCAUGGCAGUUGCAGUAAUAGUAGCAUUUCUACACAAAAGAGGUAUGUAUACUACUUCCUAAUGGAGCUCAACAUGCUUCAAGAUGACUGAACUGAGUUUCUGUAGAAUGUUAGGAAGUUUCUGACUCUGGGAUGUAUUGUAAACACAGCAGAAGAAACCAGUGCAACGUAGGUAAGGGCAAUAGGUUUGAAAGAAGUAAUAUACUAAACUUUGUGCAUUCAGACACUGGGCUCUGUGUACUGGGAAAUGUUGUAGUUUGUAUUUGUGUAUUUCUCCUUCAGACCAGGUGUUUCAUUUACUAUGUGUUUCUAUUUACCAAGUAUUUAUGGCCUCUCCCAUUCCUACCCAAAUGUGCCUUCACUACCUUUUUUCAGAGCAUCAUAAAGCUUGCCCUCAAGAUCCAUUUAUUGCUGGGACAGGCCUAUACCAAGGCCUCUUGUUGACUCUGAUCCAGCAACUUGCUGUGC